UGUGUGAAGGCUCCUGAGCGUCGCCCGGGGAGCCAUCUGAACCGGUUGGGCCGCGCUUAACGACCGUCGGACUGAGCUUCGACUGCUGUUUGAUUACGUGUGGCCUUCUGUUCAUGUCCACCCUCGAGAAGAGCAUGCACCUCGGCCGACUACCCCCUCGCACUCCCCUACCCGGCAGCGGGGGCAGUCAGAGCGGAGCCAAGAUGCGAAUGGGCCCUGGAAGAAAGCGGGACUUUUCCCCUGUUUCUUGGAGUCAGUACUUUGAGUCCAUGGAAGAUGUGGAAGUAGAGAAUGAAACUGGCAAAGAUACUUUUCGAGUUUACAAGAGCGGUUCUGAGGGUCCAGUCCUACUCCUUCUGCAUGGAGGGGGCCAUUCCGCCCUUUCCUGGGCUGUGUUCACAGCAGCGAUCAUUAGUAGAGUCCAGUGUAGGAUUGUGGCUUUGGAUCUUCGAAGUCAUGGUGAAACAAAGGUCAAGAAUCCUGAAGACCUAUCUGCAGAAACAAUGGCAAAAGAUGUCGGCAAUGUGGUUGAAGCCAUGUACGGGGAUCUCCCUCCUCCAAUUAUGCUAAUUGGACAUAGCAUGGGCGGCGCUAUUGCAGUCCACACAGCGUCCUCCAACUUGGUGCCCAGCCUUCUGGGUCUGUGCAUGAUUGAUGUUGUGGAAGGCACAGCCAUGGAUGCUCUUAAUAGCAUGCAGAAUUUCUUACGUGGUCGCCCUAAAACCUUCAAGUCUCUGGAGAACGCCAUUGAAUGGAGUGUGAAGAGUGGCCAGAUCCGAAAUCUGGAGUCUGCCCGUGUCUCAAUGGUUGGCCAAGUCAAACAGUGUGAAGGAAUUACAAGUCCAGAAGGUUCAAAAUCUAUAGUGGAAGGAAUCAUAGAGGAGGAGGAAGAGGAGGAGGAAGGAAGUGAGUCAGUAAACAAGAGGAAAAAAGAAGAUGACGUGGAGCCGUCGUCCUCCGAGACCCAGACCUUGUGCUUUCUCCUCCAGACCAAGAAAGACCAUCCGUACACUUGGAGAAUCGAACUGGCGAAAACAGAGAAAUACUGGGAUGGCUGGUUCCGAGGUUUAUCUAAUCUCUUUCUCAGUUGUCCCAUUCCUAAAUUGCUGCUUUUGGCUGGUGUUGAUAGACUGGAUAAAGAUCUGACCAUUGGCCAAAUGCAGGGGAAGUUCCAGAUGCAGGUGCUGCCGCAGUGUGGCCAUGCCGUGCACGAGGACGCCCCAGAUAAGGUAGCUGAAGCUGUGGCCACUUUCCUGAUCCGGCAUAGGUUUGCAGAGCCCAUCGGUGGAUUCCAGUGCGUGUUUCCUGGCUGUUAGUGACCUGCCGCCCUCCCUCCCUCCGCAUUGAGCUCUGUUCUAAAUACAUCGCACCAGAGGUCACUGUGAUGCCGCUGUCUCCUCCUCACCAUCCUGCCUGGCCAUGUACACCGGCUCCCUGUCCAUGGGCAUCCCCAGAUAGACAAACCCUUCUGUGUGUUCCUGCCAAACACAUUCUUUUCCAGGGUCUUUGACCAGCAUUGGUCACCCCAACCAGGACUCCCCAGCGCCUUCCCCAUUCCUGGAUAGAGGUAGCCCUGCUGCUCCCUGCCUCCAUCAGAGCUGCCCCUGGGCCCUUGUCCUGGGAUCAGGCGAUGCACCUGGGUCCACAUGUCUCCCCAGGCUCAGGGACCUCCAUUCCUUGAGCUUGUUCUGGACAUGGUCCUGCCCUACCUCACGGGAGGGAACGUGCACAGGGUGGUCCUUGUUUCCCCUGGCAAAGGAAACAUCAGUCAGGUUCCUUUUUAUCCCACGCCACUUGUCGGGAGGUGGGCAGAGGCCAGACUCCUCCGCUUCAGUACAGGGAGGGCAAUGGAUAACAUCCCAAGAAAGCAGCCAGAAAGUCAGGUCCCGCAAUCCAAGCACAUGGCCUCCCAUCCACGGAGAGUCUGCUCUCCCACUCCGCACGUCUGGGCAUCUUCCCUGGGCUGUGGCCAGGCUGCUUCGGGGGCUCCUAGAGCCUUCCUCCCCUGCCACAGAAUGAAUCAGGUUGAAUCCAGCCCAUGUACAAAGCCACAGCCAGUGGAGUGGUAGUUAAUGUUCAGCUCUAACCGUCUUUAUCACCGGUCCCUGGAGGUGUGCAGAGUCCCUGCUUGCCUCUUCUCCAUCACAGCUUCUCCCCCAUUUGUGGCUUCCUUCUCAGAAACAGUACAGCCCCGUGCCCCUUUCUUCCCUUUCCAGGGCCCCCUGAGAGCACGGUGGUCACCCUGCUGCCCAGGCACGCCAUGUCCAAGGGCAGGAGGAACAGCCUCCUGAAGCCUAUCUUUUCUGUCACUGUCUUAAGUGAUACAUGCUCUCCCCCCACCCCCACCCCCCUUCACAUACACACACACACACACACCUUUUACUCCACAACUUCAAUCCCUGUCUGGCUGCACAGUCCAGAGUUGGGGACCUACCUGGUUUCUUUGUUAUUUAUGAGCUUGUUUAAAGAGAAUAAAUAUUUCCCCACCUUU